ACUCAUGACAACCCACUACCACUGAGUUCAAGUGCACCAAAUAUGCCUCCUCCAACUACAAAUAACCUGGGCUACACUCCCCCGGACGGAGGCUGGGGCUGGGUGGUCGUUCUGGCUGCUUUCAUCUCUAUAGGAUUCUCCUACGCUUUCCCCAAGUCUCUCACUGUGUACUUCAAGGAGAUUCAGGAAUAUUUUGGUGUGUCCUACAGUGAGAUAGCAUGGGUGUCCUCAGUCAUGCUCGCCUCCAUGUAUGCAGCAGGGCCCAUCAGCAGUGUGCUGGUGAACCGUUAUGGCAGCAGACCUGUGGUGAUGGUGGGGGGACUGAUUCUCAGUGCUGGCAUGAUCCUAGCAUCCUUAGGCACUUCCAUCAUUCAUCUUUACCUCUGUGUUGGAGUAAUUGGGGGUUUUGGCCUUGCCUUCAACCUGCAGCCUGCCCUGACCAUAAUCGGCACUUAUUUUCAGGCCAAAAGGCCACUGGCCAAUGGACUUGCCAUGACAGGAAGCCCAGUGGUGUUGUUCACCCUGGCUCCUCUGAACCAGUUUCUGUUUGAUUCGUUUGGUUGGAGGGGGAGUUUCCUCAUUUUAGGAGCCAUAGUCCUGAACUGCUGUGUGGCUGGUUCUCUGAUGAGGCCAGUGAAUAAAAUGGUUGUGUUCAAACCAAAGACAGAGCCUUUAGAGGUUAAUGGAGCAGAGGAGGCUUCUGGUGCAGAGGCCCUCAGGAGCGAGGACAGCCCUAAGAGCCAGAGCUGUGUGCACAGAUUCAUCGACUUCUCCCUCUUCAAACACAGAGGUUUCCUCAUUUACCUGGUCGGAAAUGUUGUGAUGUUCUUUGGAUUUUUUGCUCCAAUCGUCUUCCUCGCACCUUACGCUAAACAUCAGGGAAUAGAUGAAUACUCUGCAGCUUUUUUGCUGUCUAUAUUUGCCCUCUCAGAUAUGUUUAUCAGACCAGCGACUGGCUUCAUUGGCAACACUAGAUGGAUCAGACCAAAGAUCCAGUACUUCUUUGCCCUUGCAGUUUCAUACAAUGGUGUGUGUCACCUCCUGUGUCCACUGUUCUCUGGAUAUGCAGGUCUGGUGGUCUAUGCCAUCAUCUUUGGCAUUGCCUUUGGCAUGGUCUGUGCCUUGCUCUUUGAGACUCUCAUGGAUCUGGUUGGAGCUAAGCGUUUUUCCAGUGCAGUGGGGCUGGUCACCAUCAUAGAGUGUGCUCCUGUUCUGCUUGGACCACCGAUAUCAGGUGCAAUGGUGGACACCUUUGGAGACUACAAAUACAUGUACUACACAUGUGGAGUUCUAAUGCUGCUCCCUGGCAUCUUCUUUUUUAUAAUGCACUACUACAACUACAAGAAACAGGAGGAGGAGCAGCGAAAGAGCGCAUCUGUAGAAAUGAGGACUGCUGAAGACUCAACUCAACAAAAUUUGUACCAAAAAGACAAUUUAACAUCUGAAAUAGAAACAUGAACCUUUCUACCAGGAAACAGCACAGACUUCCUAACAAGCUGUCAACAGCUGAAAACAUUUUGGUUUGAAAGUU